AUGGUGGCGAAGACGAAGAAGACGAACGCGAAGACAAAAGGUGGUAUUCAAAAGAAGUCGUCGUCAAACGCUGCGCUCGCGGCGAAAACUGCCGCUCUUAAGAAGAAGAAGAAAAACAACGCGAAGAAAAGCACAACACCAAAAGAAGAGAAACCAAACUCGAGCAAGUUCGGAUUUUUGCACCGCGCCGACGGUACGAACGCGAAGAAGAACACUUCAUCCUCCGCGUUCGAACGCUCCGUUGCCAACUUUCCAAAGUUUGACCCGGAAGCAGGGUCCUCCGUAUACGGCGUUUCGUCGUUAUCUCAUAAAGACCACAAGCGAUGGACGCUGGAUUUACGUUCGGAUUGGCGUUUCUUUCACGUGGUUUCCUUCGUCGUGAACUUUAGCGCGACAUUGUUACUGCCAAUAUUCAAACCGGAGGAGUUGGAGCGAGGUUUGCUUUUCCCGGAGGAGUGUUCGAAGUUGAUCGAGUUGAUGUGUCGGUUGAUGUUUUCUUCGGGAGAAAACGACGAGAAAGAAGGCGAGAAGGAAGUGGUGAAGGAAACGCUGACGAUUGGCGAUUGGGAGGGACAGUUGAUUUGGUUGUGCGGCGAACUCGCGGAUGAGAAUCCGGACGAGUUUCCGCACGGGAAUCCGUUGGAUGAGCAAAACGCGUUCGUCGAUGCGAGCGAAGCGAAGAUGAAAAAGUUGAAGACGUUUUUCUCGGUCGAUCCGAUGACGCGAUUGGAUAUCUUGUGCGCGUUGUGCGAAGAUAAAGCGGUUCAAAGUGAAAUCGUGAAAGAAAACAUGGAGGAUCGCGCCGAGCGCGCGAGAAAAGUCGCCAGAAUCUUGGAAAUGGAAAACGAGAGGAAAAAGAGAAAGGAGAAGGAGAAAGGUCAAAGGAAGACCGAUUUAAAAGCAUCGACUGAAACGUAUUUCACCCACGACGCGACGGCGGAAGUUCUUCGAGACAGAGACGUCCACGGAAACUCUGUCGGCACCGACAGCGAAGGUCGGUAUUACUUCACGCUCGGCGACGCGUCUCCGAGAGUUUGGAGGUGGGAUAAGCUGAAAGAGGCGGACGCGAAGGAGGUAUUUAGUUACGACGGCGUCGAGCCGGCGUGGCAAACAAUUUCGUGCACGUUAGAGGAAACGGAAGCGUUAGCGAUAGUAUUAGAGAGAUCCUCCGGGAGUGAAGAUCGCGCGUUGGCGAGUUACUUAAAGAACGCGUUCAUACCGCUCCACGCGAGACAACGCGCGAUCGACCUGGACGCCAAAAAACGGAGAGAGGCGAAAAUGAAAGAACAAGAAGCCAAGGAAAAGCGCGAAGCGGAAUACCGCGCUAGAGAAAAUAGAAAACGGUCCGGACGAAUCGCCGUCAAAAUGAUCGAACAAGAACAAGCUCGGUUAGAGAAGAUCAGACAGGAAAAGUGGGAAGCGGAAAAAUUCGAACUACGGCGAGAGGCGUUGAUUACCAUGAACGACAACGCUCGUCACUGGAUGUUUUUACCGUUGCGAUUGAGAGAAAAAACGGACAAACCAGCUGGUUUGGCCGUGGAUGCGUUUGUCGUGCAAAAAGGCAAAGGGAAACCCAAAGCGGUGUUGAACAGACCAGACUUAAACGCGACGUUUGUCAGUUUGAAAGAUUUGAACAAAACGACGAUUACGAAGAAGAAUCAACGCCUGUUCGGUAUGGCGUGCGUGGAUAAAUUUUUUUCAAUCUUAUGGCCCGAAGACGGAGGUUGGUACGACGGGUGCGUCGUAUCUUACGACGAAGCGACGCGAGAACAUUUCGUCGCGUACGAAGACGGAUCGACGGAACACGUCAACUUGGAUAAACAGAGAAUCAAGUAUAAACACGACGUGGUCGUGAAGAAAUACGUGGACGAGGCAACAAACAUCACGAGCUACUCUUGGUACAGAGCGAAGAAAUCGACCGCGGAGAAGGAACUUACCAUCGACGAGCUGAUGUUAGAGUACGUGACCGGUCACCACCCGGGAACGGUGUUAGCGCUCGAUACGAACGUUUUCGACGUGAGAAAAUUUCAUCGCCACAAACCGACCGGCGGCGAAGACGAAGAAGGAGCAAAAGUCGAGAGGGAAGAAGAUGAUGACAUUGGAGGGGACGCGACGACUUUUACUACGUUCCCAGAGCGAGGCGACGAUGAAAACGAUGAUGAAAACGACGGCAUCAACGAAAGCGUCAAAGUGUCGACGUGA